GUGUCGAUUCGUUUUCACCUCUCCCUUUCUGCUGCCGCUGCUUCUUCUCCUUCGGUCUCUUCUAUCCUCUUCUUCUCUCCCUUUCUGCUGCUGCUGCUUCUCCUUCGGUCUCUUCUAUCGGUCGUCUGUCCUCGAACCAUGGAGAAAUGCAUUACCUAUUUGGAACAUGUCAAGUUAUGGAGAAUUUGUUAGAGUGGCAUACAUAUUUAUCAUGUCUGUACCAGUGAAUCAGAUGGACUGAGUAGAACGAAUGCAAUGAACUGAGAUGGCAACCUCACAGGACCCGCAGAUGGUAGCAGAAAUGCAACCAUCGUCACAGGAUUCACAUGACAUACGAAAUAACCAUCAAAAUACUUUAGUUACUGAGGCGGCGUCAGGACAAGAUCCAGGUUCAUCAACCUUUGCAGAUAGUAAAAGCAAAAAGGUUUCUCAUGCAGACAUUGAACUUGUCCAAAAUCUGAUAGAACGCUGUCUGCAACUGUAUAUGAACAAAGGGGAGGUGGUUAGGACCUUGUCUAACCGAGCUAGGAUAGAACCUGGUUUUACUGCACUUGCUAUUGGUACGGUACGUACUGAGCUGUAUCGAGUCAUAUCAAGCAUAUCAACAUACGAUACAUGGGAGGCGCGCCAAUGUGCCACUUGUACAGGUCUCCUGUUGGACCGGUACAUACUGCCUAUAUCGAGUGUGUGGCAGAAACUAGAAGAAGAGAACCCUGAAUUCUUUAGAGCUUACUACAUAAGGCUAAAGCUGAAGAAACAAAUUAUUUUGUUUAAUCAGUUGUUGGAGCACCAAUACCAUCUGAUGAAGUAUCCUAUCCCUUUUAAAGUUCCACUGGUCCCGAUGCAAAAUGGAAUUCAUCCAGUGCAUGUUAACAAUUUACCUAUGGGGUACCCAGUUCUUCAGCCUCAGAUUCUAACUACAGGUCAGCUUCAUGUUGAUCCUAUGGCUUGUGGAUUGUCCGACUAUCAUGUAGUCAAUGGAAUUCCUGCUCCAGGCAGUUCCCAUCCCAUCCGCAUGAAUACUGGAAAUGAUGACACAUCUGAAGCAGCUCCUUUAGCACCUCAAUGCAGUACAAUGUCACCCAUGUCAGAGAUGGCUGUGACUUCUGCAUCAGUAGAAAGCAAUCAAUUUUCAUUCACUCCGUCUGAGAUAACUAUGGGAAUGGAUGCAUCAGCCAUCGAUACAACCUUCACACCUGAUGUUUUCAAUACCGGAGGAUUGCAACUAGGUGCAGAUGGUGUUACGUCCUCAAGAGACUCCAUCAGGUCUUUAGGACAGCUUUGGAACUUCAGUCUUUCAGAUCUAACGGCAGACAUGACAAAUUUAGGAGAUUUUGGAGCUUUGGGUGGCUACUCUGGCUCUCCAUUCCUGCCAUCUGACUCAGACAUAUUGCUCGACUCCCCGGACCAGGAUGAUUUAGUUGAGUACUUUGCUGAUUCUAUCACUGGGAAAUGCGCGCAGUCAAAUGAAGAUAAAUGAAUCAUGGGCAUGAGUAAGGCCUCCUGCAAGUGGACUACCCACACCACAAAUAGGCUGUAAGAGUAGCACAUUGCUGGUUCUCAAACAGCUGUUAAUGGCUAAAAAUUAAUGUAUCUGGAUAGUUGCUGUAUUUUACUGGCCUAUGUUUCAUAUGACCAGGUUGACAGCAGGUUGUUGUUGGUUCUAUUGUUAAUAGAUAUUGACAUGGAAAUGAGUAUAUAUUUGUAAAGCUUGUCUA